CCGAUACGUAUACCUUGUGGUCAUUCUCGAAUUGACUGAUCAUGACUGACUACACUGCGCGCCUCGCUGAACUCGGCUACGUCCUUCCCGCCGUGUCGCCUCCCAAGGGCAACUAUAAGCUCCUCACCCGCGUCGGCAACUUGAUCUAUACGGCCGGACACAUCCCCACGCCCGCCAACGGCGCGUUGAUCACCGGCAAGGUCGGCGUCGACCUCACAACCGAGCAAGCGUACGAUGCCGCGCACGUCGUGGCCCUCGCGCUCCUCGCAACCCUGCAACACGAGUUGGGCGACUUGAACAAGAUCAAGCAAAUCGUCAAGUUGACCGGGUUCGUCAACGCCGUCGACGGGUUCGCCGCGCAGCCCACCGUCAUCAACGGCGCGUCCGACACGUUUGCCAAGGUAUUUGGCGACCACGGCGUCGGCGCCCGCUCCGCCGUGGGCACCAACGGCCUCCCGUUGAACGUCCCCGUGGAAAUCGAAGCGAUUGUCGAAGUCCACGAUGCGUAGAGCCAACAAAAUGAUAUAUACCACCACAAAUACACCCCC